AUGGGAGACGAAGAACAUCAUCACGAGUUCCAGGAAUCUGGAUCCGGUGCUUCAGCCACCUACCCUCUUCAAUGCUCAGCUCUUAGAAAGGGUAGACCAUGUAAGAUCGUUGAAAUGACCACUAGCAAGACCGGCAAACAUGGACACGCUGCAAUUCACCUUGUUGGUAUCGAUAUUUUCACUGGAAAGAAAUGCGAAGAUAUUUCUCCUUCUACUCAUAACAUGGAUGUCCCAAAUGUUAAUCGCACUGAAUACCAAGUUAUAAAUAUUGAUGACAAUUUCUUGAGCUUGAUGUUAAGUGACGGCUCCACCAAGGAUGAUGUUCGUGUUCCUGAAGGUGAAUUGGGUGAAAAGCUCCAAGCUGAUUUUGAUGAAGGCAAGGAGCUUUAUGUGACUGUUAUUAGUGCGAUGGGAGAGGAAGCUGUUAUCUCCU